GCUGCCAGCGCAGUGCUGCUGUCAUUGUCGCGCGCGAGUGAGUGCAAAUGUUUGAGACCGUAAAUGGGGGCGACCCGGUAAAAAAAAAUUGAACUAGCCUGGACUGAGAGGUUUCAUAAACACCCAGUACUUCUGCCCUGGAGUGCAUGUGAUUUUUCUCUUGCGAAUUCGUUUUACAGGAUUUCAAUUGAAUGCAACUAGCAGAGUGGAAUCUCAAAACAUGUCAGGAGAGUCAUCACCAUCUGAAUAUCGUUGGCAUUUAAUUGCGGAAGGAUCUUGAACCUUGAAAGAAAAAGCACCAUUCACGCUUGGGUGAAACACAUAUCGUCUGUGUAUAGGAGAGUCUGUGAAGGUUCAUCUGCAAUGUCCAAACACCAGCGCAGUCACACUAGGGAGAGGCUAUGGAAAUGUGAGAAUUGCGGGAAGGGAUUUCUUUACCCAUCCCAGCUAGAAAUGCACCAACGCAGUCACACUGGAGAGAAGCCGUUUGCCUGCUUUGAUUGUGGGAUGGGAUUCACUCAGUCAUCCAGCCUGCGGAUCCACCAGCGAGUUCACACUGGGGAGAGACCAUUCACUUGCUGUCAGUGUGGUAGGGGAUUCAGUCAAUCAUCCAGCCUGCAAAUACACCAACGCAGUCACACUGGGGAGAAACCAUUCACUUGCUCCACUUGUGGGAAGGGAUUCACUUCGUCAUCCAGCCUGCGGAAACACCUACGAGUUUGCACUGGAGAGAGACCAUUCACCUGUUCUGAAUGUGGGAAAGGAUUCACUUGCUCGACUAUACUGCUAGAACACCAACACGUUCACUCUGUAGAGAGACCAUUCACUUGCUCUGUUUGUGCGAAAGCAUUCGCUCAGUCAUCCAAACUGCUAGUACACCAGCAAAUUCACAGGAGUGAGACACCAUUCACCUGCUCUGAAUGUGGGAAAGGAUUCACUCGCGCAUCUAAAUUAUGGAAACACUCUACAGCUCAUACUAGAGAGAAACCAUUCACCUGCUCUGAUUGUGGGAAGGAAUUCACUCAAUCGUCCAGCCAGGAGAUACAGCAGCCAGUUCACACUGGAGAAAGACCAUUCAGUUGCUCUGUUUGUGGAAAGGGAUUCACUCGGUCAUCCCAUGUGCUGAGACAUCAGAAUGUUCACACUGGGGAGAGAGCAUUCACCUGCGCCAUAUGUGGGAAAGGAUUCACUCAGUCAUCCCAUCUUCUGGUACAUCAGCGAGUACACACUGAAGAGAAACCAUUCAACUGCUCCCAGUGUGGGAAGCGAUUCAGUCAGUUAUCCAGCCUGCAGAUACACCAGCGAGUUCACACUGGAGAGAGACCAUUCACCUGCUCCCUGUGUGGGAAAGGAUUCAGUCAGUCAUCCAACCUGCUAAAACACCAGCGAGUUCACACUGGAGAGAGACCAUUCACCUGUUCUGAAUGUGGAAAAGGAUUCAUUUGUUCAUCUGAACUACUGGAGCACCAGCGUGUUCAUACUGGAGAGAAACCAUUCACCUGCUCUGAUUGUGGGAAGGGAUUUACCAAGUCAUCCAACCUGCGAAGACACCAGCGAGUUCACACUGGGGGCAGAUGGUCACUCAGUUGAUUCCUCUGCUGAUACACCAGCCUAUUUACUCUAUGGACAGACAGUUCACUUCUCCUUUUGCAUGAAGGGAUUGACCCUGUCACCCAAACUGUUACCACACCAGUGAAAUGACACUGAGUUGAUUCCUUUUAACCUGCUGUGUUACUGUAAAAGGCUUUUUGCUGUUUGUUAACACACCAGCAAAUUCACAAAGAACCCCAGAUAAAGGAUUUUGCUCUGAACUCAUACCAAAGAAUGAACCGUGUUCAUUGGGCUGUUUUGUAUUGAUAUUAUCAAACCCUGAUGUAUUAAACAUGCUGAUUAUGGUAGAUGAAGUACAGAUUAGUCUAUCUGUAAGAUUGUGACUAUUUUCAAAACCUAUGUGGCUGUACACCAGCGCACUAACUCUGCGUAAAGACUGUCCACCUACAUAUUGUUUGGAAAAUGAUUUUGUGGCUCUAUGACAAUAUGACAAUAAUGAGUUCCCUAGUAACUGUCAGUGUUGGAUUUUUGUGCUGUUAUUAUCUAUAUCCAAACUGUUGUCUGGACCUAUUUCUGAUGUUUGUAAACACCACAAAUUCAGUUAUCUAUGUGGGAUAAAAAUAAUAUUAAUCAGCUUUUUGUGAAAAUUAAGUUGUAUCAAGUCUUUGCCUCAUUCAAAAUGGCUCUAUCAGUACCCUUCACAUGAACAGUUGGGAGAAGACACACCCAACGUGAAAUACAGCCUAUAAUGCUGGAAAUGUAGUUACGAGUACUUGGCAAGGGGCUGAGAUCCAGAGCAAAUGUCCAAAGGGUAAGGAAAAAGAAUCAA